UCCAGCUGGUUGUAUUCCUGCCUGCCCUGUACCACAAGAUGGGUGUUCCCUACUGCAUCAUUAAGGGGAAGGCCAGGCUGGGGCGCCUCAUCCACAGGAAAACAAGGAAAACAUGCACCAUCAUUGCCAUCACUCAGGUUAACUCGGAAGACAAGGGAUCUCUGGCAAAGCUGGUGGAGGCUAUCAGGACCAACUACAAUGACAUAUGUGAUGAGAUCCGCCGCCACUGGGAAGGCAAUGUCCUGGGUCCAAAAUCUGUGGCUCGAAUUGCCAAGCUGGAAAAGGCAAAGGCUAAGGAGCUGGCCACGAAGCUGGGCUAAGUGUGCAAUGUUUAUUUCUCUGUACAUGAAAAUAAUAAAACUGUCCUUCCUCCAAAACAAAAACAAAAACAAUAACAAAAAAGAAA